AUGGUGCAAUUCUACGAUCCCCCACUAAGAUGCUUUACUUUCCAAGAUUACCAGCUGACGCCUACAUUGGAAGAGUACUCACAUAUUUUGGGUAUUAGGAUCAAGAACCAAAUGCCCUACAUUCACACUAAGGAACUUCCUAAAUAUCAAGACCUUGCUGAAGCUCUACACAUAGGGAAGAAGGAAAUAGAACUGAACUUGAAGCCUAAGGGUGGAAUUCAUGGCUUCACCUAUAAAUUUAUGGUGGACAAAGCUAUUGCCUUCGCCGAAGAUGGUAGUUGGACGGCCUUCAACGCCAAUCUAGCUUUACUUAUCUAUGGGAUCGUAUUGUUUUCGAACAUGGAGGAGUUCGUAGACUUGGUUGUUAUUCAUAUCUUCCUGACUCAGAAUUCUAUUCCUACUCUUCUUGCUGAUACUUACUACUUCAUCCCUAUGAGGACUCAGAAGAAGAAAGGGACUAUCGUCUGUUGUACCCCUUUGCUGUAUAGAUGGUUUAUUUUGCAUCUACCCAGUAAAGGUUCUUUUGUUGAGAACAAAGAUAACUUGAAGUGGUCCCAGUGGAUCAUGUCCUUAAAAGCCGAAGACAUUCCUUGGUACUCUCGAGUCUACGAUGGUGUCAAGAUUAUCCUCAAUUGUGGGGACUUGUCUAAUGUACCUCUUCUUGGUGUAAAAGGAGAAAUCAACUACAACCCGAGGGUCGAAGAGCCAGAAUUGAUCAAGAAGAUUGUCAAGGAUUGGGGAGCAAUUUGUACUCAAGGAAGAGCAGAGAUGGGUAAGAAGAAUUGCAUCGCCAAGGAAGCUUACACCAGUUGGGUCAAAGAUAAAGUUAGUGAGAUUUUGUUGUCGUUCCCGCCCGAACCGUCCAUGAACGUCCAACCUCUUGAACCAGAGAACCAUCCAAAUUCUGAAGUCGGUGAAUUGAAGAAGGUUAUCAAGACCCUAGAGAAAGAGAAUGUUGUUCUCAAAUCUAGGCUUGGUAAGAUCUAUUUGGAGAAAGAAACCCUAAAGUUCAAUCUGAAUCAGAAGAGAGACCGAGUUCGUCAAGUAGAUGAUGAGGUACAGACAGAGGUAUUCAAAAGACUCAAAAUGGGUGACACACUCAAAGGGACUUAUGCUAGCCUGACAGCCAAAAAGAAGCAGUUAGUCGAAGCUCAAUACCGAGCCAGUAAAGCAGAACUUGAACACAUGGAACAAACCAACAAACUCCAAAGUCUGCUAGAAGCUUGCAAGAAAGAGUUGAAGGAUGAGAAGAGCCACACCAAGCAGCUAGAAGUCACCCUUCUCCAGAAUCAGUACGAGCUGAACCAAAGACUAGAAGAGAUUCGAAAGCUAAAAGGGUAA